UUUAUUAUAUACAGAGGAAGAAAAUAUUUACAGUAUAAUCACUAAUUUCAAAAUCCGUAAAAUUAAUUUUUGACGAAAGUAGUAACAAUUUAUAAUAAUAAAUUAUCAAUAUAGUUGUAUUUAACAAUUACUGUUACGCCCAUAUUUAAUUUAAAAAGAUUUCGAAAAUUAUUUUAUUUAAAAUUCUUUUAAAACUUCCUUCGAACCAAGUUGAAGGAAGUUAAAGAUCGUAUUGCACUAAGGAAUUUCGGUGUCAGCGAAAUGGUGCAACUCGCGAGGCAAUGACACCAAAAUAAUUUUAUAUUUUUAAAUUUUAUUCAACUCAUGAGGCAAGCCCUUGGAACCUACACGAGUAAUAAACUAUCAAUUAUUAAUUAAACUAUAUUGAUAAAUAUCGAUUAAUAAAAGGGUAUUAUUUUAUUGAAUUUAUAAUUUGUUUUAAAACAACAACAAUGGCUAUGGUAUAUGUAUAUGUGUGCAUAUAUGUGUAUUAUCCAUGUUAUUAACAGUAAAAAGGAAAAUUAUUAACUAUUAGAAUUAAAAUAAUGAAAUGCAUAUUGUAUGCAUAUAUAUAUAUAUACACGAAGAAUAGACGUGAGGCUACACUCAACGCGUUGAGUGAAGACUUCCCGCGCUCCCCACGCUCCCCUUGACAUUGUGCGAGAGAGAAAGAAGAUUGUGUAUAGCAUCGAAGCGUUCUCUCUCAGGCAUAUUGUUCUUACGGAGUAUAGUGUACUCUUCUAUCCUAUCGCUCUUUCUCUCUCACACUAACGGCGAAUGUUACUAUAAUCGUCUGCCUUCAAUUUUAAAUGCAUUUUUUUUAAUUUUUCGAACCUUGAAAAUAGGGUGAAUGAUGGCCCGGCCUUAAUUAAAAAUAUUUAUACAAUUAACAAUUAUACGAUAUAUAAAGAUGGGAACGUUUAGGCUAUUAUUAUUAUUAAUUCUAUUAUUAUUUCUUUUCUUUCAAAAAUAUAAUUUAUCUCUCGUUUCCCUGUACCAACCUAGCUUAUAAACCUUGCCCGCCAUAAAUUGCAAACUUGCGGAAGAUUCCAAUGCACAUUAAAAUAAUUAUUGACAAAUGAUUUAACGUUGGAAUUGUAACAACCUUUUUUUUUAGGGUUACAAAAUAGAAUGGAAUUUCUAUUUUGAAAUGUCCAUCAUUUCCAACUUACAUUAAUCCUAUUUUAAGAGAUUAAUUAAAAAAAAAAUAAAAUAAAUAAAUAAACAAAUUAAAAAUUGUUUCAAUAAUUAAAAGAAUAUUAAAAAGAAAAUAUUCUUUCUAAGAAUACAAGAAAAAGGAAUUUAUUUCAACAUAGUGCAAUGAACCGAUUCCACAAAAUGCAAGUUCAGCAAUUUUGGCAUGGCAACAGGACCAACGCCCUGUCCCCACCUUUCCAUAUUUCUUAAGGAAGUAAAACUAUAUAAGCUCAUUAAUUAGAUAUCUAAAUUGUUCAGUACGGUUUCCCACGGCACAGAGACUCAAUCUCUGUCGGAAUAAAAAUAAUAUUAUCCGUAACGUUCCCGUCCGGUAUACAGGAUCCAAAUUGGUUGUAUGUUUAUACAAGCAAUUUGGCCGGACGAAAAUAAAAUUCUUAACUCGAAAUCCGCGGGGCCACCUAAAGCUAAAAUAGUGAAGGGGGAGAUUUUAUUUAAAUAAAUUUAAAAUUUUCUUUCUUGUCAAAUGACCGGCCGGUUUUACGGUGUAGCCGCGUCCGCCCUAUUUUUAGUGGUUUAGGAAACUAAGAAAAAAAAAAAAAAAAACAAUAAGUUGUGCACGUGUGAGUGUAUUGUGAAAUCUUCGCCCGUCGGCAGAAUUCUGGCGGUAGACUUAAGGUUCCAGAACGGGUAAAAUGACGAUGGAAUGGAUCACUAUUGCCUUGUGCCUCGUUCUAACAGCAGGAGCUAAUUCUGAUGAUUCCCUAGCAAACGACCCGACGACCAGCACAUUUUUCCAAAUUACACCUUUCAACAUCAGUAGUGGAGUCUAUUUUGAACAUUUCGGAGAAGUUCGACGGUCGACUAGCAGAUGGAGGGUGGCUGUGUUUCUAGACAUCGGAAAACAAAUUCGCCAUUAUAAUGAUUUGAAGUUGAGACUGGAAAGGCUCAAGGAAUAUUGCAGACCAGGAGAAAAUUGGUGCGAGCAAACCAUGUAUCAAUUUCAAUGGGGAGAUAAAUGGGAGAUGGCAUCAGAAUUACAACUUCAAUUCCGAGGACAGAUCGAGGAAUUAGAAAAUACCAGGACGAGCCUACCAAGGAAAAUGUCGUCACAACUAAAAGUAAGACGGAGUGUUCCUCUCCUUGGAUUUUUGGGAAAAAUAGCUGGGCCCAUCGCAGGCGUUCUAAAUUAUGACGACGGAGAACGGUACGAUGCGGCUAUCGAAGACCUGAACCAAGCCCAAAGUAAUCUGACCAGGUACUUGGGAAAACAAACUCACAUUGUCCGCUCUCAAUUGGACAUCAUUCACACUCAAUAUGUCAAUCAACAAGGCCAAAUGGAUAACCUACGUCAGGAUCUACAAAAUUUACUUUUGAGAGAAGGAAAAAGCGCUACCUGGAAAGAAGCAGAAGAACGAAGACAAUCCAUAAUACUAUUAAUGGAGGCACUUAAAAUCGGAUUGGACCACAACAUCAAAGCUACAUCCACCAUCUUGAAUGCUGUCCAUGAAGCUCGACAAAAUCGGCUUCAUCCCGGAAUCAUCUCAUCAAACCAACUUGAACCAAUCAUGCGAGAGAUCCAAGACAAUCUGACAGAUGUUUAUUUUCCUCUACCUGGACCCAAGGUCAGCAUCGACGAGCUUAUUCGAAUCGCCACCAUUUCCAUCUGGUGCGAUAACCAUAAGUUGAAGGUCAUGAUCGACAUCCCUCUUUUGGAAAGACACAAAUACCAGUCCUUUAAAAUCCAUCCUCUUCCAACAAUACAAGAAUCUUUGGGUAGUGGUACUCAAAGAGCCUACAUCAGCUCUGAUUAUGAUUAUUUAAUUAUCGACGAAGAUAAACGAACCUACCUGCUGAUCCACCAGGAGGAAUGGAAGGAAUGCCGCUCAACUGCAGCCUAUCAUGCUUGCCUGGAAGGAGUACCAAUCUACGACGUGCGAGAGAGACCAGGAUGUGAACCCUUACUCUUGGACCAACCAUCUAUUGAAGCCAUGAGAUCUUGCACAAUUAAAAUUACUACAGCACCUGAAUCUUACUGGCAACCAUUAAGAACCCUGUCAGCAUGGCUGUACUCAUUUGCCCGACCAGAAGUGAUUACUAUCUACUGUCAUUCAAUGACUCCCGUUAAGGUGAAUUUAACCGGAGUAGGUAUGAUGAAACUAGCUCCAGGAUGCUCCGUAAAAACAAAAGACGUCACCAUCCCAGCUACAUCAGAACAAAAGGGUCAAACAUCGCUUAUCUUCGAAACUGAGUUACAUCUGGAUGUUAUGAAGGUGUCACCCCUAUUAGCAACCCAUGCUGAUCUUGCAAUAACCCUAGAAGACCGGCAUGUAGAAGUAAAAAGUCUUGGAUCAAAAAUGUCCAGUUUUGAAGCAAAUUCGAAAACUCUAUACGAAUUGGAAGAAGAAUUAGAAGACCUAGCAGUCCAGAAACAAUUUAAAAAUAAACAUACAACCCUUGUUUAUGGAGCUUACGGAGGUUCGAUGCUAAUUAUUAUAUGCAUCAUACUGUACCUAUGUAGAAAACCUAUUUCAAGUGGAGCUAACCACUUUUCAAAUAUCCUAAAACCUACACAAAAACAAUCCGAAGUAGCAGCUGACUGCCGGACCGAGACAACAGGAAACUAUUCUGUCAUUCCGAAUUCCAAGGUCAUUUAUUUGACCUCUUCCAGAUGUCACCCCAGCAACGAAACCACGGAUCCUAAAGCAAGCAGUGCAGUAGCACUGAAGGAAGGUCAUUCAAUCAACAUGGGGUCAGUUGAUACCCCAUUAACCUCAACAUCACAUCAAACGGAAUUGCAAUUUAUUCCCGUACCAACAACAUCCGGAGUAAUAUCAACAUCGCCAACAGCGAGUCCAAGGCCAGGUACUAUUCUACCAACGCAACAUCUUCAACCAUUUUAGUAAGGUAACAUAAGGUAUAAUUAACAAUAAAAAAAAAAACAUAUACAGCAAGGGUUAGCAAUGUUUUUGUGCUGGAGAGAAAAAUCCGCGGCUCGGAGUAUUAAUACUCCAUAUUUAAUUAGAGCAGUCUGCGAUGGUCUAACGGAAAAACAUUAAGGUUUAACUGCCACCAGAGGCUUCUCAUUUGCCCGUUCUCCCUCCUGCCGCGUACCCAACGAGUGAUUGCUUUAUGUGACCAAAAAUCAUAAAGCAGGCACUCAUGGUGUGCGGAAGUGUUGGGUCAGCACUCUUUCAUUGCUAGUUUUUGGUGUAUAUAUAUAUAUUGAUGUAUAAAAAGAUAAUACAUUCCCAAAGGCGUUUUGACAAUGGUGCCGGUACCGUCGGGACGUAUCCACAACCUUCUCUUCGUUUAAAAUUUGAGAAAAGAAUUUACUAUAGCGGUGAAACUUUUAACGGUCUUACCAAGAUCUUGCCGCUCAGAGGCGCACACACUACAGAAAGGUCAGAUUUCCUUCCUACCAUAUAACCAACAAAUAGUGCUUGCCUUCAUAUUUCAUGAAGGAAAGCACCCAUGGCUUAUGGGAGUUUUGGGUCAGUACCUUGCCAUUUUCAAAACGCCUCAGAGUUUUACCCUAAAUAUUUCGGGGAGAAUUGAUAAAUAAAUCUAAGUAAUUUACUAUAGUGGAAGCCUACUGUUGUUGUUGUUGUUUCUAAAUAACUUUAAAAUCAAAAAGAGAUUUUGAACACGCAUGUGUGCUGUCAUAAAAUGAUAUAUACAAACAAUAAAUAGUAAACAUAUAUACAAAUAAAUAGAGACAUAUAAUUAAUAUUAUAAAACAACAUUUAAAUAAAAUCACAAAAACAA